GAAUUAAUACAAGCAAUUUACACCUCUUCCGAUUGAUAAAAGGGUUCUUAAUAAGGCUUGCGUUUAGAUGCAUGACGUGUUUAUCUUUUUGGCACUGCGCCAGCUUUCCUGAACUUUUUGAUCCAGUAUGCAUCAGCCUGGAAUGCAGACUCAAUCAGCACAAGUUUAAAUAUGUACAGAUAGGAUUCAUCCCUCUCACUAUUUCAACGUUUAACUGUUGGAAGAGAGUUCUGUCUGGGUAUGAAGAUAGAUUUUCCUGAACAAAGCCACCAUAUCUCGAUCCAUUAGGAGCCCACCAUCGAAGAUGAACUUGAAAAUGGCAGCCAAAGGGAAGCAGAUCCUCUGUGUUGGGCUAGUCUGCUUGGAUAUUAUUAACGUGAUUGAUACAUUUCCAGUUGAAGACACAGAUACUCGAUGUAUAUCUCAGAAGUGGCAACGAGGGGGAAACGCCUCCAAUUCUUGUACAGUUCUCUCAUUACUUGGUGCCUCCUGUGGAUUCAUGGGCUCUCUUGUACCUGGGCGUAUUUCAGAUUUCAUAACAGAUGAUUUUCGCAGCAGAGGUGUUAAUAUAUCCAAUAUUGUGUGCCAGCGUGUGGGAGUUAAUCCUUGUGCCUGCUGCCUCGUCAACAUUACCAAUGGCUCGCGAACGGUCAUACUGUCCGACAUGAAUUUACCAAAUGUUACUCCAGAGGAUUUUAGGAAAGUUGAUCUUUCGCAGUACAAAUGGAUUCACUGGGAGGGCAGAAAUGGAUCUGAGCAGGUGGCCAUGAUACAGCAGGUGGUGCAGUACAAUGCUAAUGUGUCAGUCGAGCAGCGAAUUACUAUUUCUGUGGAGAUUGAGAAACCAAGAGAAGAACUGUACCAGCUCUUUGGACACGGAGAUGUGGUCUUUGUCAGCAAAGAUGUUGCCAGACACUUUGGAUUUAAUUCAGCAUCAGAAGCAGUAAAAGGAUUUUACAGUCGGGUAAAACCUGGUGCACACCUAAUCUGUGCAUGGGCUGAGGAAGGAGCUGAUACAAUGGGUCCUAAUGGGCUUUUUCAUUCAAAUGCCUUUCCUCCUAAAAAGCUUGUGGAUACUCUUGGAGCUGGAGAUACUUUCAAUGCAGCUGUGAUAUUUGAACUGCAUAACGGCAAGUCUAUUCAGGAAGCAUUGACGUUUGGUUGCCAAAUUGCUGGGAAAAAGUGUGGGUUUCAAGGUUAUGAUGGAAUUGUCUGAGCAAACCGAAAAUCUAAUGAAAGAAUAGCUACAAUUGAUUGAAAUUAGAAAAUUCCACACGAGCAAGAUUUUUGAUAAUGAAGCCAUCUGAUAUGCAAAUAUAUAAAAUAGGUUUUGUAAAUUUCCUUCAAAUGUAAAACAAUUUAAAAUAUUAUAAAACCUGCUAGAUCUAUCAUAGAUUGAGUUCAACAUUUAUCAUCCUGAUACAGCAUGAUAUUAUUACAAUAGAGAUUUUGAUGAAUCUCAGCAUUUAUUUUAAGUUAGCCAAUGACAGAUUCAAAGGUUUUAAAGGUCUGUUUAUUGUCACGUGUAACAAUUAAGGUACAGUGAAACUCUAAUUACCAUGCAGACAUACUAAAAAAAAAAACACACAAGUACAUAAAAGUUAAUAUAAACAUCUACCACAGCAGAUUCCCCACAUUCCUCACUGUGAUGGAAGGCAAUAAAGUCUAAUCAUCUUCCCUCUUUAUUCUCCCGCGGUUGGGGCGGUCAAACCAUCCGCAGUCAGGGCGAUUGAAGCUCCCGCGUCAGGGCGGUCGAAGCUCCUGCGCCUUGGAGCGCCUGAAGUUGGUCCGCAACCAGGGACCACGAGCUCCGCAAUGUUAAAGUCCACAGGCUCCCGUAUUUGAGCAUCAGCAGUCGAUCCCCGACAGGGACCACCAGCUCCACGAUGUUAAGUCCUGCCGGCUCCUGCAGUUGGAGCUCCCGAAGUUGAUCCCCAGCAUGGGACCGCCAGCUCCUCGAUGUUAGGUCGCAGUGCGGACGGAGAUACAAUACAGGAAUAAAUAAAUAAAUAAAAAUAAAUCGCUUCUCCGUCGAGGUAAGAGAUUAAAAAAAGUUUUCCCCAAUCCCCUCCACCCCACAUAAAACAAGCUAAAGAAAGCUAGAACAUAUUAAAAAAAACAACAACGAAGGAAAAGGACGAGGCUGUUGGCGAGGCAGCCACUACGGCAAACACCCAGCGAGAAAAUCAACAAUGAGUAAAGCUGCAAUGUAAUUACUCCAAUUAACUUUAGCCCGUGGAGCGGGUGAAGUACUGGAUAACUUCAUGAAAUUGAAUUUAAAGUUUUAAUCAAGCAUACAAUUUAUUUAUGCGAUUGUAUAACAUAAAGAGGCUUUUUUCCAUAAAUCUUUGAAAUACUAGGAAUUUUACUUUUCCUGUGGAAUUUAGUCUAGAAGGGUUAGUAAUUGAAAUAAAUUAGUCUAUUGAAAAUCAAAAACUACAGAUGCUGGAAAUCUGAAAUUUAAAUGGAAAAUAGUGGAUACACUCAGCAGGCCAGGCAGCAUCAAUGGAAAUGGAAACAUUUGUUUCCAGUCAAAGACUUCACCAGAACUGACAUUAGCAGAAAGAGAAACAGUUAACAUUUCAGAUCAAAGACCCUGCAUCGGAUCAACUUGAAAUAUGAACCUUUUUUAUUCUAUUGAUGUGUGCCGAGGGAUUCCAAAAUAUUUUGUUUGAAUGUGUCAAUAGCUCUCAUUGUUAGCUAUUUCACUUGUUAGAUAGAUUACCAGCUGAAAAGUUUACUUACUGGACUCCAUAUUUUACAAACAUUUCAGUAUAAAUUACAAAUUUAGCACUGAUUGCUUUGCACGCUGUUUGUGAUUGACUGUGUUGCAUUUUGUCCUCAACAGAGAUGCAACCUUGCAAAAGCUAAACUGUGUGUAUAUACACAUAAUAAUAAUAAUAAUAAUAUCUUUUAUUGUCAUUGCACGUCAGUGCAACGAGAUUUAGUAUGCAGCUCCAACCGAUGAAAAAGAAAAGUAAAAUAAAUAAAUAAGCUGUGUGUCGUGGCCAUCCGAGGGAGACAGUCCAGGGGGGGUGGGGGGCACUCAGCAGGGACGGUUCAGAGCCGCUAUAGCUCUUGGAAUAAAGCUGUUGCAUAGAUACAUACACAAUAGGUGCAGGAGUAGGCCAUUCAGUCCUUCAACCCAGCACCGCCAUUCAAUGUGAUCAUGGCUGAUCAUCCACAAUCAGUGCCCCGUUCCUACCUUCUCCCCAUAUCCCUUGAUUCCGCUAGCCCCAAGAGCUCUAUCCAACUCUUUUGAAUGCAUGUCAUGGUAAUAAAUGAAAAAAUGUCAAUUA